CAGGCCAAAAGUGUGUUCAGCCACUCACUGGCAUGUCCGCUGUCAGGCAGUCAUCGAGUCUUGUUACUUACAUUGACAAAUGAAUGAGUGUACCUACUCCACACACGACCGUCAGUCAGCACAGCGACCCCUCAAUUCAAUCACUCGCCCACCUAGCUAUCUACAGCAUGCCGCCAAAAAUCUAUGACCCCACGGUCAAAAAUGCUGCACUGAGCAUAUCCCUCCCCUCCCUCCAACACCUACACCUACACAGACAUCUCUCCUGUAUCCACAACCCGCCUCCCGAAGUUCCUGGACUCGCUCGCCCAGCCCCUCUCCCUCUCCUCUUUCGCCCUGUUGCUCUUCGCCCACCCCACCAUGAUCAAUCUCGACACCCUCGUCGCUAUCUUGCGGGUCAAGUCGGCCUGCAGGUCGCUCACGUUGUCCAGAAUCGUCUCGGAUUGUUCAAGGAUAUAGUAGGGCAGCCUUUGUGGCUCCGCCGAUGGGGCGGUGAGGAAUGUGAGCGCUUCGUCGAUCAUGUGGUUGCAGUUGUUGGUGAAGGUCUCGUAGCGGUCCAGGCUGAACCGCGGGGCCAGCUCACGCUCCAGGUAGUCCUGACAGGCAACAGAAGGAGCAGAUAUGAGAAAUUUGUGUCUGCCUCACUCUCUCUCUCUCUCUCUCUCUCUCACCUACCUCGAAGACACGCUGGUCGAUUGUGGUGGCGCCCAUGUCGUGCACGUGCGUCGGAGCCAUCCCAAAGGCGCUCUCCGUAUGCUGAGCAGCAACCAACACAACACAACACAACACAAACAGAGAGAUCGAUGAUCGAGACGCCCGCCCUCCUUCUGUCUGAUGUGUCCUCCGCACCUGGAUAUCCUUGGACUCUAUGUGUGUCGAGAACCAGUACUCCCGCCCGUAGACCACCAGCCCCGCGUGCCAUAUGGUCUCGAUGUUCUUCCGCACGAGCAUGGAGAUGACCGGGGCUGCACUCUGACUGAUGUCGUACACACGCACACUGAUAGCCGACCCUGUCACCGCAUCAUCGCCAUCGCGGGAGCUGGCCAAUGCGCCCGACGGCUCCAGAACGGAUGCCGGACCGCCCUCCCUGGACGCGCUGAUGACUCGGUGGGUUCUUGGUCUCUGUGAUCUUCGAGAGAGGGCUGAGCUGCUGCGAGUCGGGCUGUCCGCAAUGCUGCUGACGAAGGAUGCGCUGUCGUGGCAGCACACCAGAGAGGGCAGGACCGCUAUCAGUAGUAGAGAUGAAAGAUCCCAACGGGAUCCUGCAUUUCUCCAUCUUCUGCACCGCACCCCUCUGUCCCUCCUCUCUGCAAAGUGACGCAUAGCUGCCAG